AUGAUGUCUCUCUCGUCGUCGCUGCGCACGCGCGCGCCGCGCAUCGCCCUGCGCCAACAGAAGCGCAACCUACACGUCAGGCCCGCGGCUGUCGGCGACCUCCUGGGCAAGUACCUCCCGUCCGGCGUCGGUGCGAGCCCGGCGUCGUCCGACAAGGCAAGUUGCGGCGAGGGAUGGCAAGGUACACCACUGACCCCGCAGCCCGGUAUCCCGUUCAAGCUCUGGGCGUCGCGCGGCAUCAACGCACCCGUCUUCGAGGCCGGCGAGGCGACCCUCCCGCUCGAUCUCCUCGACGGCGCCCUGCCCGCGGGCACGGACAAGUGGCUCGCCGACCUGGGAGUUGGCAAGGCCGACGUGGCGCGCGCCAAGGAGGCCCUCGCUGGUGUAUGGUCUGCAUGGCGCGACAAUGAUCUGCUCCGCGUCGAGGGCGUCCUGCACGCCGGCAACACAAGUCUCUCGUCGGUCCAAAUCCUUGCCGACGACUUCGCCCUCCCCCGCCAGCCCCACCUGGCGUCCCUUGCUGAUGCUGGCCGGAUCCACCCGCUCGAGGCGCAGGCGGCCGCCGGCAAGCUCUUCUACCACAAGUCGCGGGCGGGCGGAAACAUUGGGUGCUAUGGCUACGGCGCGGGGAUUGCGCUCGCGACGCAGGACGUGCUCGUCGCCGAGGGUGGUAAGCCAGCCAACUUCCUCGACGGCGGCGGCGGUGCGACGGAAGCCAACGUCCAAGCGGCGAUGAACGUCGUUCUCGCCGACCCCGACGUCGACGUCUUCUUCAUCAACUCUUUCGGUGGCCUGACCAAGAUGGACCUGAUUGCGACAGGCGUAGUUUCCAACCUGAGGGCUCGCAAGGAGAAGGGCGAGACCAUCCCGCCUAUCGUCGCCCGCCUACGCGGCACAGGCGAGGAGGAAGCGCGUGAGAUUCUCGCUGCGGCGACCGACCUUGCCGACACGAUCACCUACAUCGGCGACAUGAAGACGGCUGCCGCUGAGGCUGUGCGUCUCGCGAACAAGGCUCAGGCAGGUAAGCCGGCCAAGGCCGCCCCAGCUCCUGCGCCGUCGACGUCGCGCAAUCCCGUUGUGUUUUCCCAGGACGGGCAGUACGAGCAGACACUGCGCAACCUCGUGGUGGAGAAGGGCGACACGGUCAUGGUGCUGGGCAUGGGGAAGGCGGUGAGUCCCGGCAGCAGGCUGGGGCAGACGGUUGCACAGCCUGUCCGCGAACGCUUGGUUCUGACAUCCCCCCAGUCUCAGGCCAACUGUGCGGUUGCCAAAGAGUACGGCACCAACAUCAUUGGCGCUGUCGCGCCCAACAAGGGCGGACAGGAGUUCCUCGGCACGCCGACGUUCGGCAGUGUCAAAGAGGGCGUCGCCGCGCUCAAGCCCCGCAUCGCGUCUGUCUUCGUGCCGCCCCAGGCUGCCGCCGACUCCAUCAUCGAGUGUAUCGAGGCCGAGAUUCCCCUCAUCGUGGCGUAUGCUGAGGGCGUGCCGACGCACGAGCAGCUGAAGGUCCAACGGGCCCUCCGCUCGCAAUCAAAGUCGCGACUGGUCGGCGCCAACUGUCCCGGCGUCAUCUUCCCGCAUCAGCGAGUCAAGCUCGGUAUUCAGCCUCUCCGUGUCCACUCCCCUGGCAGCAUAGGCAUCGUCAGCCGCUCAGGUACCGUCUCCUACGAGCUGGCGGGGGCGACGACGGCCCUUGGCCUUGGGCAGAGCGCAGUGUACGGCCUGGGAGGUGAUCCGUUCCCGGGAACGCGGACAUGGGAGGCACUCCAGCUCAUGCUCGAGGACCCCUACACCAAGGUCAUCUGCCUGGUGGGCGAAAUCGGCGGACAAAUGGAGGAAGAGGCUGCCGCUGUGUACAAGGCAUAUGUGGCUGGCCUCGCACCCGGAGCCAAGCCCAAACCUGUCGUCGGAUUCGUCGCCGGUGCCGCUACGCAACAGGGCCUCAUGUACGGCCAUGCGGGCGCCAUUUGGUGGUCGCCAGAUGAGACGGCCAACGCGAAGCGCCAGGUGCUGGCGGACGCUGGCAUGAUCAUGGCUCCGACUCUGGGCGACAUUGGAGGACUGCUCAAGCGCGAGCACGACAAGUUGAGUGCAUAGCUAGGCAGUGGCGAAUGAAUUUUGUGUUUCUGAG